AUGAGGAAUUGGAACCAAGUGCCCAUCGGGUACGGUUUACUGUGGAUCGUAGGGUGCACGCUUCUCCAGCUGUCGGCAGCCUAUCGGAUACUGGGAAUCAACACCAGCCCCAGCCGGUCCCAUGUGAUCGUACAGGAUGCUCUGAUGAAAGAGCUCGCACGGCGCGGACACCACGUGACCAUGGUUAGCCCGUACAGUGAGUCGGAGCAGGUGCCCAACUAUCGCAAAAUCACAAUCGAAAUGGAUUCUUGGGGCAAAGAUCUCACCAAAAACAUUCUGAGCAACAGCAACAACCGGGUGGCAAUGAUGAAAAUGAUGCCACAGAUGCUCGAGCUUAGUGCGGCCGGUGUCAACAGAACCCUACGCUCGCCGGAGGUACAGGCCGUGCUGCAGGACAAGGAAGGAUACGAUCUGCUGAUUACCGGCAUCCUGGGUGAUGCGGUGUUAGGACUCACGCACGUCCUCCAGGUUCCGGCGGUGAUCGUCUGCCCGAACGCAGCAAUGCAAAUCGUCAACUCGAUGGUCGGUAAUCCAACGCCACUGGCGACCAUUCCGAGCAUGAUGUUGGGUCUGUCGAAUCCGAUGUCGUUCGGCGCUCGUUUGGCCAACGUAGCCGGUGCGUUGUUUGAUGAAGUGUUCGGCUAUCUAUGGGUCUACUACCAACGCAACAUUUACAAUGAACUGUUUCCUUCGGUCACCCAUCCAUCGUACGACGAUGUGAAAAAGAACGUUUCACUGGUGUUGCUGAACCAUCACGUCAGCAAAGGAUCACCCCGUCCGUACCUACCGACGAUGGUGGAAGUUGGUGGGCUACAGAUCAAAGAGAAACCCUUGCCACUUCCUGCGGACAUCCAACGAUGGAUCGACGGAGCCGAACACGGGGUCAUCUUCUUCAGCUUGGGCACGAAUCUGCUUAGCUCGUCCAUGCCGCCGGAAAAGCUGGACGCAGUUCUGGAAACAUUCCGCAAGCUAAAGCAACGCGUCAUCUGGAAGUGGGAUACGCAGGAUAUGCCGAACAAGCCGGCCAACGUGAUGCUGAAGGAGUGGCUUCCGCAAGACGACAUUCUGGCGCAUCCCAACGUGCGGCUCUUCAUCAUGCACGGUGGGCUGGGUGGAAUCGCGGAGGCGCUCUACCACGGUGUCCCGCUGGUGGGCAUUCCGAUGUUCGGCGAUCAGCCACUCAAUUUGGCCAAGGUAGAAGAGGAGGGUUGGGUGUACGUGCUGGAGUACAAGGAUCUCAACGAGCAAACGCUGACCAAAGCGAUCGAGGAGGUGUUGGACAAUCCACGCUACCGGGAGAACGUACAGCGGUUGUCGCAGCUAUAUCGCGAUCGUCCCCAGAGUGCCAUGGAGACUGCCGUCUACUGGACGGAGUACGUCAUUCGACAUAAGGGAGCGCACCAUCUGCGCUAUGUGGGGGUGGAUAUGCCAUUCUGGAAGCGCCAUUCGAUGGAUGUGUUCGCUUUCCUGGGAGGUGCGGUGUUCGUUCUCGCCAAAGUAAUCUCUAUGGGCUGCAGAUUGUGCUGUCGACGAAAAGCAGCUAAGCUGAAGCGUCAGUAGAAGAAUGGUCUCCCACGACAAAUGGCGCAUCUUUUUGUCAGUAUUUCAAUUCCUAAUAGUACAUGCCAUAGUGAUGGUAAAUUCUGAACUGUUCUAUUGAUAAUUUUUACAAUUCCAUCAACAAUUUAGACACUCCACGUGUUUAGUAUUAUAAUUUUAAUUACUGUGAGAUGUGUCCGAAUGACUUUUGAAAGCAAACGUGCUCUUAAAGGUAAUUUCAUGUUAAAUCAGUGUCAUUCCUAUUGAUCGAAUACAUUGACGUAGUUUCCCAUCGCUCCAAACAUUGUACCACCUCUGACUAAAACCGGAUGGCGAUUGAUAUUUUUAUCCCGCAACUUAAUUAGCAUGCCGCGCCAUCGUUCAUCAACUGGAAACGUAUGGCUGAGAGUGAGCGUAAAUCAAGCGUGCGAGUGUCGACGGUUUUCGGUUAUAACUUAAUUAUACAUGCAAAACUAGUACUCCUUCAAAACGUGCCAUUUUUCGUACAGCUGGCGUAACAUUAGUUAUUCACAUACGGCCAUAAAGCCUGUGCAUGCUAUGGAAGCAAAAUCAUAGCAUCCGUUUAUUGAUAGGAUUGCCGAAGAUUCCGGAGAGAUCCGACGGAUUCUUGGUAUUUUGUCCGCUAUAAAACGAUAGUCAGAUGUCAGCUAGAGGAUAUAAACUUGAAG